AGGUACUGGAGAACGGUUGGGUUUAGUCACCCUCCAUGGAACUAAUCUUUCACCAGGAAGCCAAUUACAGUUGGUUGUGUAUUCUUCCAACAGUAAAGGGAGAAGUCAGGUUGUUAAACUGGACGGGUAUACAUUGGAUAAGGAUUACGCAAAUAAAGUUUUAGAGCCUCCCGUGGAAUUUCAGUUUGAACAUGUACCGAAUCUAAGCGUGGUCUUUGUAUCUCUAACUGUAACAAUCCUAAUCUUGGUGAUAUCAAUGUUCCUUAUAUCUGCGUAUAGAAGGUCUCAGGCUAACAGUCGCACUGCUCAAAAGGGAUCUGCUGAAAGAAGGGAUCACCAAAUUCAGGAUUUUGGAAUUCAACGAAGUCCAGAUAUUAUUAAGGACACGCCAGAGGAUAGCGGUCUAAACUUUCAGGAUAUUAAUUCCAAGAAGAUGAACACAAAAACUGUCUCCUCACCCCCGGAGGGAGGAUUUAGUGCCGGGAAUCAUGAGUGGGAUGAGACCCUGUACUAUGGUCAUCAGAACAGACAAACACCACAAUCACACGAGCACGUACUUUCAAGAGGUUUUCCUAUCGGAGAGGACCCCAAAGAUCAACCCGCCUGGGGAGAAAUUACAGGUGUACUCUAUGAACCUGCUCAAUCUGAAUCAAUAUCUUCUUACAACUACUCACAUUUACCACAAAGAAUGCAAGGUUUACGGCUUGGACUACCGUUACAGUGUACUGCACCUUCAGUUUCCAGGGUCCAUCAUAGAACUGCUCUACUAGAUGAAGACAGAGAAAGCUGUGUUUAAAAAUAUUUUUAAAUCAACAAAUAUCACAGGGUUCCAAUUCUGGUUUUCAUGGAGAAAAAAAAAGAUAUUUCAGUGACAAAUUGUAAAAAAUGGAACUUUUCAAUAUUUUCUACUUUUUAUUUGAUAAGUUUUUUUUACAUAUAUACAAGACGAGUUAGAAUAGAAUCAAUUUUUCUAAAGUGAAAGCUUUCAUUGGAGCUAGACAAUGUUCCUGAAAUAAAAAAAUGAAGAUAGUUUUAAAUAUCUUAAACUUAUUUUUAACAAAAACUAUUGUCAAAUUAUGUUAUAUUUUUCUUCACUACAAGAGAAAUUUAAAGUUUUACUAUUUUAUUUUAUUAUCUUAAUAUUCAUCGUUUCAUUUAAUCAAUAAAUCUUAUCA